CGAUAUAACACAAUCGCCAGCUUAAUGUGACCAGAGGGCGACAGUGUCAUUCUUGGUAUUUUAAAUUCACUUAGGAAUUUGUACUUUGUUGUUUUCAUGUUUUCCCCUCGGAAAUGGCCACGAAGCUAAAUGUAAAUAUCCGGACCCUGCUGGCCAACUGCGAGGACCUGGCCAAGAGCGAGCAGAACUUCUGGCGGCUGCAGAAGUUCAUCAAGUCCCUGGACACAAUGCUCGCCGAGUUGGAGGCGAUGGACGAUCCGCAGAGUGCCACCCGUAUCCCGGGCUAUAAGGAGCGUCUGAAGGCCUUGAAACUAUCCACCGGAUUUACGGAAGCCCCCAGCUCCUCAACAAAUACUUCCUCGCAACCUUCUUCAGUCAGCGAAGCCGGGGAAAAUGCACUGAAAGAAAUGAGGCAGCUGCAGAACAGCAAACAUCACAACGAACUGCGAAAAGAGCUGCUGCAGGAUGGAGAUGCCCUGCGUAGGCGUCGAGUUAUAGAGGAUUCGUCUCCUAGUCCCAGUGGUACCACCGUACAGACAACUUCUGGCGAUAAUAUGAACGAAGCUGCCAAGUAUUAUACAAAUGCCCAGGAGAAGAUCACCGAGCACAUGCUCUCACUGACCCGGAAUUUGAAGGAACAGACGGAGACUGCUAACCGUAUUAUCCGGAGGGACACGGAGGUUGUGUCUCGAUCUACCGGAAUGGCGGAUCGCAAUAUCAAUUCCCUGGGAAAAGAGGCUGAGAAACUGGAGCAGCACUCAAAAAAAGCCUACAAGUGCUGGCUCUGGCUGAUGAUUGUCUUUGUUAUUGUCACUUUUAUAGGUAUGGUGUUGUUCAUGAAGAUUAUGAAGAAGAAGAAGACGUAGGAACAAACUUAAGAUUGUACUCUAAGUAAGCUCUUAACGCUGGUCCCGCUCCCGAGUUCAAAAGGUUAUCCCCCAAGCAACGUGUAAACAGACCCACAUUAAACGAUCGAAAGCCGCCCAGCGA